UAUUCCGUUAUGACAAUGGAUUAUUUAGAUGUAGCAGGUUUUCAAAUAUGAGCUGUUUUUAUGUGCUAUAUGUUUAUAAAGAUCUACAUUGUUUGGGGUAUAGUUUUCCUUUAAAAGGCUCCAUGAAUUCAAGAAUGACCCAAGUUUUAAGAUAAUAUGUCAGUAUUGCUUUGAUUCAACUGUCCCAUCAAACUGUGUAUUUUUUUUCUACAGGGGACCUAAAAGAUCUACUCUUGUGGUCGAUGGCACAGAAUAUGAGCUGGGAAUUUCUAGGAAUGCCGCUGGUCACACAUCCACCUACAGAAUCACCAGCUCUAAGUAUAUCCCUCAAGUCUGACCUGGCCACCUUUCUACUUAUUUGCUCUGGGCGUUUACUUCCUGCGGUCAGAGAUGUGUGCGCAGAUAUUUAUGGCACCAACAAUACACUAAUGUGUCUCUUUCUCAGCUCUACCAAUCAGACAAACAAAACUGAUAGCCAGGUCUGUGGGUUCCUCUUCUCAUUCCUGACGGAGCUUCUCUCUGACCCAUGCAAAACACCCUCAAGCAGGACUGUGCGGUCACUAGAAGCAAAUUGUGACUACUCACAAUGGCAGGAUGGUAGUAAAGUGUCCUCUUCUUCUGUGUCUACCUGCAGUGAGAGUAACCGAGAAGGGUUUAUCAACUCAGUGUGUAUGAACAUGGAUCUCUUAAAGCAGCUGUCCAUCUAUAAUGACUGGUUACUAGGAUUCUGUGCCUACUACACAAACCCUGGAAACAUAUGCAAUUACGCGUCCUGGGAGCCCAGUUUAGUCCCUGCUAUGUCUGUUCAUUUUUGCUGGGUAUCUGACUCAGACCAGUUUGUACAGUAUCUCUGCGCUAAUCUAGAUGUUUUACAGGAGCUGAAAUUAAAUCCAGAUAAUGCAUGGUUGGAUCCAUCAUGUUCAACUGUUGCACCCACUGAAGCUAUUUCCCCUACUCUACUGCAAGAGAUUUGCAACUAUGGAGAGUGGCAGCCUGAUACAGCCAUUCCAUUCAUUGUGACUUUAUGUGCAGAAAAUGAUCGGAAUGGUUUUUCUGCCUAUGCCUGUCAGUCCUUAGAAAUCCUUCAGCAGCUGCAGAGCAAUAACCCCUGGCUUGGCAACUUUUGCGAACUUUAUAUUUCUACAACACUUUGCAAGUAUUCCGAGUGGCAGGAGGUCCUGGUGCAUGGCAUUGCUUCUCCUCUCAUCCUACUCUGCAGCCAGGUAGAUGAGAAGCAUUUUGUACCCACUGUCUGCAGCAACGUCACUUUUCUGCUUUUUCUUGCCCAGAACGCCAACAACAGUUGGUUGCUAAAUUUCUGUACUGAUCAUAUGCUUGACCUCCAGGAUAAAUGUAACUAUACUAUUUGGAACUCAAUUGACCUUAACUUUACUGAUAUGGCAUUAUGCUGGCUGUUUGAUCAGGAGCAGAUGGAGUCCUAUCUGUUGAGAGAUUCAGUUCUUCUCCAGCAGCUGAAGCUAAAUGGACCCUCUGAGCUUUACUGUGCAGGGAAUAGCACAGGAAUCUCAUUCUUUACGCAAUGGGAGGGGUCACCUGCUAACUCCUCCUUGCUCAUUUCCUGGGCAGCUCAUGACUCCAGCAGUUUUAAACAACAUAUCUGUAACAAUUCCACUCUGGUGACACAACUUAUUAGCAACACCAAAAACAAUUGGAUCCCCACCUUCUGCAAUGAGGGGUCAAGCAACAACUUUUAUGCAUGUUCAGCUAUGACCUUGAGCAGCCUGUCUUCCAUGUGUUCCAACUGUAGCAACACCGAGACAGAUGCAAUUGUUCUCUCAGUCUGUGCUAACCAUGAUCCUCUGCACACCCUGGAACCCUCUGCCAGUUCUUUAAAUCCAAAUACUCCGUUUUAUAUAUGGAAACUAUGCACCUAUGGUUCUUGGCUGAACAUGUCUGCCCCUGUCUUCUUAAUGUCUUUUUGUUGGACAUUUGACCCAGUGAAUUUUACUUCUUUUAUGUGCAAAAACCCCCAGUUUUGUCAGAAGAUGUUACAAAAUCCAGACAACUGUGUGGCACUGUCAGACUGUCCCUCACCUGAGGGAUGUCAGCAUGCAGAUCCGGAUCCAGUAACUGUCAAUAAUAACUCCCUGUACUACUGGGCUCAAAGUGAUUUCUACAGUUUCUUUCAUACUAUUUGCACCAACAGCAGCUUCUUACAAGUGCUCACCCAGAACCAAAAUCUGUCAUGGGUUACUGUGGUUUGUACCAAUUCCAGUGUCCCUACAGAAAUACCAAAAUUGUGUUCAUACAAUGAAUGGGCUUCUGCUGAAUUCCCCAUAGUCUCCUUCUGCAUAAUAAAUGAUACAGGGAAUUUUCUGCAAUCUGCAUGUAACAACCCAUGGAUUAUGCAGGGGAUCAGUGAGGGACCAGCCUUGACACUGGCGCUGAGUGUCUGCUAUAAUGUAUCAGAUGCUAACACUCUACAGACCAUGCUUACAUGGAACAUGUGUAAUUACUCUUAUUCUAAUGCACCUUCUCCAUUCCUGGUGGAGUUCUGCUGGUUGUAUGACAAAGAGAACUUCUCCCAGAAUCUUUGUGCUAAUUAUUCUUUCCUUCAGUUGAUCAAAUCCCAGCCGGAAAAUUUCUUUAUACAGGUAGAUUGUGUACCACCAGCCCCUGCUGUGCCGUUCUUCAACUACUCUGUUACCCAGUGUCGCUAUGAGCAGUGGCAUCUUACUCUGGUGGAUAUUUCUUUGUUAAGAUUCUGCGCAAAUUAUGAUACAAAGAACUUUCUGAUCACCUUCAGUAACAACACAGGAGCUCCAAAAGCGAAUGAAAGUUUGUCCCAUGCAUGGGAAGUUGGCCUGUGCUUUUACCAGGGAUGGAAAAAUAAGAACGUUCAUUCAUUCAUAGUGAAGGUUUGUUGGGAUUUUAACAAGUUGAACUUCACUGCAGGCGUAUGCUCCAAUUCCUCUCUCCUGACUGAGUUAUUACAAAACCCUGCAAACCUUUGGCUGAGGCCUGCCUGUAAUACACAUUAUAAUAACAGUGUGGAGGAGCUGGUGGCACCCCUGUGUAGGUAUGAAAAAUGGGGGUCUCUAGAGACUCAGCCCGGCUUGCUUAUAUCAUUCUGCAAAGUGUAUGAUACAGACAAUUACAUAUAUAAUGUCUCUGAAAGCCAAGAGAAGGCCUUUUAUAAUGAUAGCAUGGUAUGGUGGCCAAUGACAGGCCAGGUCUGUGGUCUUAACAACUUAACCAAUGCUACAAUUGAUUAUGAAAACAUCUUUAUUUGCUGGUUGCUGGAAAGAGAUAUUUUCUUGGCCAAAGUUUGUACAUAUAUUGACCUUCUCUCUAGCGAUCCUAGGACAAGAUGGAUAAAACACUUAUGCAAAAUAUCCUCCUCAUUUGAGCCAGCUGUGUGCCUCUCAGAGGAGGACAAGACACAACUUCAAUGGAAUUGCAGUGCUGAUCUGAGCUCAGUCUGUCCUGGGAAUGGACUCACAGUGGGGAGUGUAAUGCCCCUCGCUUUGUGUUCCAUGCAGAAUGCUGGACUCACCAUGGACAAUGCCAGUGUCAGUGCAGUGUAUAUGAAGGCUGUAGAUACAACUGUUAUUCUUCUGUUGCUUCUAGAAGAAAUGCAAGUGCUGUCUCUCUCUGGCUUUGACAUGAUACAAACUGAGAUUCUACGCGCUGUGCUGCACUACCUCACCAACGACCUUUUUAACAGCAACCAGAAGAAAGAUCUUCUGUGCAAUUUCGGGAAUGUCCUAAUUCAGCUGGCAGGGGAUGUAGUUUCACCCGAGUCUUGGAUCCUAAUUGAGGAAUUCUUCAGGCUUCCACUGUCAGACAUGAUUGUUUGUACCUCCCAUCUCACCUCUGAGUCUGUCAAGGUCUUCCUCACCAACUUAUCACAGAACGAGACCUCCCUGCAGGUACCUGCUGAAUAUUACUCCCUUUUAGUAUCAUCGCUACUAAAGUAUCAAGUGCCCUUUGACUUGGCCCUGUUCAUUGAGCUUGUUCCGUUUUUGCACUACCUGGAUCCUGAUAAGAUGUUCAGUCUCCUUCCCCCUGUGUAUGACAACAGAGAGGCGCUGCUGGCUCUCAGUCGCUCCGCUGGAUCCUUUUCCUCUGACCAUAAGCUUGCUCUUGGGCUUUGGCUGCGCAAUUCUACUAUAUUUAAGAAUAUCUCAUGUUUAACAGACGUACAGGAGGUCAGCAAUCUCCUCCCAUUGCUCCCGUUGAACACAUUCCAAGAGCUGAAUCCAGAUCAGGUUAUGCAGAUUCUCCCUAACCUCACCGUGGAUUUAUCUCCCCCCUAUCAGAGGGUUAUCCUAUCUAAGGUGUUACAGGCCCCUAAUGUGACUGCAAAGGACAUGGAGCUGUUGGGACCUUACAUAUGUCAGGCAGAUGUUCAAGAUCUCUGGCAGUUCCAACAGAAUCAGGAUAUAUUCAUGGUGCUAAACAGAAGUCUCCUGGAGUGCGUGAAGCAAGGAGAACUUUACCCAGACAGUAAGAUGCUGGACUUCCUUUUUGGGGAUGUGCCCUGGAGACAACCUCAGAAUCUCAGCUGGCAGUCACUCUCCACUCUAGCUCCAGUACUGCCAUCUCUUGGGGUCACAUUCCUUCAAAGGCUGCGCCUUGAUCAAGUGCUACCAGCAUUGGCCCAAGUGGGAUCAGCAAACUUCACACCAGCACAGGCAUGCUAAAUAAAUCCACCAGCUAAGACUGAA